GCCUGGCGACACAUGAAGGGCAGCUUGGCAGUGCGGAAUGGCGCCGGAGGCGGGCCGCGCGCCGUUUUCCCCAGCAGCCGGUGCGGUGACGCGGCGGCCUGGCCGAGUAACCGGCGGCAAACCGCAUGCGCCAUGGGCGCUGACAAGAACGGUGCAAGUCUUGAGCGGCGGCGGCGGUUCCUUCUUCGCCGGGCUAGCAGCAGCAGUUGCGGCGCGGCCAUGGCUUCGAACGGGGAGGUCAAGGACAUCCACAACAGCGAAAGCACCAAGACGCUCCUCAAGAGUGACGCCCUCUACGAGUACAUGCUGAAGACGAUGGUGUACCCACGGGAGAACGAGUUCCUGCGGGAGCUCCGCCUCAUCACCAAGGAGCACACCUAUGGGUUUAUGUCGUCGCCGCCGGACGAGGGGCAGCUGUUGUCGCUGUUGCUCAAGGUGAUGGGCGCCAAGAACACCAUCGAGGUCGGCGUCUUCACCGGCUGCUCCGUCCUCGCCACGGCGCUCGCCAUCCCGGACGAUGGCAAGGUGGUCGCCAUCGACGUCAGCAGGGAGUACUUCGACCUCGGCCUCCCCGUCAUCAAGAAGGCCGGAGUCGCGCACAAGGUCGAGUUCCGCGAGGGCCUUGCCGGCCCCAUCUAGCUCGAUGGGCUCAUCGCCAACGAAGAAGACGAGGGGAGCUUCGACUUCGCAUUCGUGGACGCCGACAAGCCCAACUACGGCAAGUACCACGAGCAGCUGCUUCGGCUGGUGCGUGUCGGCGGCGUGCUCGCCUACGACAACACGCUCUGGGGCGGCUCAGUGGCCAUGCCCGACGACACGCCGCUCACGGAGGACGACAUCCAGGUAAGGGACGCCAUGAGGGAGUUCAACGCAAGGAUCGCCGCCGAUGCGCGUGUGGAGCCCGUGCAGCUCCCAAUCGCCGAUGGCAUCACGCUUUGCCGCCGCAUCGCAUGAUCGUGGCUUCAUGAGGCGGUGACUCUCGUCUCUUGGGGCGCGCGUCUGAUGUGUCUAUAAUUCUAUAUGCGAUCAAAUAAUAAGAUGAUUGAUUGCUGUUGUAUCGUCUCAUAAUCGUUCAGGCUAUGGAGUAGUCAUUUGAUUUGUGGCGGCUCACUCAAUCUUUCGCGUACCCAAUAACGGCUGGUUAUAAGUAAAUAAAAAAUCUGGUACAAGUACAAUACAUCAUAUGACCGAGCUGUACUUUUUUAAGUUUGUUUCAAAUAUGGCAAUGUGAUACUCCCAUUUCGAUAUUGUGUAUAAGCUUCUGUAUAUGCCUUAUAUACAUUUCCCCCAUUUCGAAAAAAAUAGUUUAUGUA